CGUACGGGUAGUGCGAUCAACAUCAAGGAAGAGCCGCGGUUUUUAUAUUGGCCGACCCAGCCCCGGGACUUAAUUAAUACAGGAUGUUCCCUUUAUCUGACAAUGCGGGGUAGCUAUCGGAGCUCCAGGCUACUUCUACGACUCAUCCGGCGGCCACAAUGUCUUCCACGGAACCCGAAGGAGAUGAAGCCAUCACGAAGGAAGAAAUCACCGGCCAAGCAUCCACUCCGAUACCAGGGCCAUCCCAGUCAUCCUCCAAGCAGCCAAGGCUUCGCAAUGCAUUCACGGAACUCAUGAAACCAACCCCCAAACCACCACCACCGCCACCAGCUCCUCCAAGGGCCUCCAACCUCACCAACCGCUUCAAGAACCGCGACGGCCUGGGCGCCUACACGGCGGACCCGACGGCCUUCCCGCCCAGCCGUGUGAUCUAUCACGACGAUCGCUUCGUCGCCAUCCACGACCUGUACCCCAAGGCAACGAUACACACGCUGCUGCUGUCGCGCUCGCCCGCGCACGCCCUGCUCCACCCCUUCGACGCCCUCGACGACCCCGCCUUCCUGGCCGACGUGCAGGCUGAGGCCCUGCGCCUGAGGGCCCUCGUGGCCAAGGAGCUCCGGAGGCGCCUCGGCGCGGGGAGCGAGAGGGAGCGGCGGAGGGAGCGGGCGCUGGCCGAGCAACAGGUGCAGGGUGGCGGCGGCGGCGGCGGCGAGGUGGAGAUCCCGGCGGGGAGGGACUGGGAGGCCGAGAUCAGGGUCGGGAUACACUCCCGACCCAGCAUGAACCAUCUGCAUGUCCAUGUGUUCUCGCGGGACAUGCACAGCCCUUGCAUGAAGCAUCGGAAGCACUACAAUUCCUUCAAUACGCCGUUCCUGAUCGACGUGGCUGACUUCCCGCUGGCAAAGGACGAUCCGAGGCGCCAUCCCGGACAUCAGGGGUAUCUGGACCGGAGCCUCAGGUGCUGGAGGUGUGGCAAGGAGUUCGGCAACAAGUUCAAGGCGUUAAAAGAUCAUCUGGAGGAGGAAUUCGAGGAGUGGAAGAGGGAAUGACGGGGCGCGCUAGACGGAGGAUAUAUACCCAGGCACGAAAGUCAAUGUGUCUGGAAAGGCACCUUGCGGAGAAUAGAUGCCAUUUGCCCUCCUCUGGCUCAGAGACCAGAGACACCUCUGGGCCUAACCAUCCUAUCAUCGGAUAUCAACCCUUCAAUACGGAAAAUGAGACUAACCAAACAAGUCCCCAUUGAGCGCGUACCCUUUCGCCAUCAAGAAAACAAACCGACCUAUUAACACAUGCUGGCAAAGGGGGCCGUGGCGCCCAACUGCUGACGUAGUUCAGCAAAUGAUGAAGUAGUCCAAAAAGCACGAAUUCAAUAGUACUUGAAACAAUAAGCCCAGAAAGCAUCCGUAGGCAUCCCUUCAGCCCGCUGUUAAACAAUUCCCCCCGUAAAAACAACCCGGCCGGACCCAGUAUCGUCAUUUAACCAGACUCUCCCCAGUAGUGACCACUUAGACGUCAGCCCGAGUGUCUGUAAAAAGCGG